UGGUUCAUGCUUUUCUUCGACGACCCCCUCUUUCUGAUUCUCUCUCUAGAUUUAGAUCAUACAAAAAGCUCUCUCUUUCCAAAUCCAUCAAAACCCACGUCGUUUCUCCACAAAUCUCCAUUACCCAAAUCUCACAAGCUCUUCUUUGUAAGCCUACAAAGAUCAAAAAGAUAAAUACAAAGACAUGGACGUGAAUCUUGUGCGUUUUUCUUUGUUGACGGUAACAUGCAGUUAUUGAGUGUGAGAUUAAUAUACGUGGUGAAAAGAAAGGAAUUAGAGGGGAUUUUUGAGACAAGGAGAUGGCGAAUCAGGUGGUGAAAGUGAGCAGAGAAACGAUUGCAGCAUGCAUGACAUGUCCUCUCUGCAAUAAGUUACUAAGAGAUGCUACAACCAUAUCUGAAUGUCUCCAUACGUUCUGCAGAAAGUGCAUAUACAAGAAGAUAUCAGAUGAGGGAAUAGAUUAUUGUCCGAUAUGCAGUAUUGAUCUGGGUUGUGUUCCACUGGAAAAAUUAAGGCCAGACCACAAUUUGCAAGAUGUAAGGUCCAAGAUUUUCCCUUUCAAAAGAAGAAAGGUAGAGGCACCUGAAAUCACACCCUCUGUUACAUUGCCUAUUAGAAGGAAGGAAAGAUCACUUUCGUCAUUGGUAGUCAGCACCCCCAAAGUGUCAACGCAAAGUACAACUGGAAGAAGAACGAAGCCUGUUCCAAGAAAGGCUACUGCUUUACGAGGUUCCAGUUUCCCAAUUGAGAAACGCAUUAAAAAGGAGCAAGAUUCUUUGGAAGACCAUCUAGAGAACUCAAGUUCUCCUGAAACUGUGAAUAAGUUCAAUCAGAACACGAGGAAGAAUUCUUUUUCUGCUGAGGCUGGCCAACCCACUAUCAAUAAUGAAGCAGAGAAUGGUGCUGAAUCAUGGGACGGAAAAUCGGAUCUCUGGCAACCAUUAAAUUGUUUGGUUGAAGUUGCAAAUAGGACUAAGUCUUUCAAGUCUACUUCACAAGUUUCUGAUGCCAAAUUAGAAUCUACUCAUGAUCCAGACAAUGAACCGCAACUCCGCAAAACCAAAUUUAGGGAAAACAAAGACAAAUCAAAGGUUGAGGAUGAGAAGAAUAAUAAUGAUAAUAACCCUUCAGGGCCAGCAGGACCCAAAAGGUUGCGUAGGAUUCGCAGGAAAAAGGCAGCCAAUUUUGAGUAUCCAGGAAUCUCAUCCCAAGCUGUGCUGGAUGCUGCCAGUGCAAAGCAUGAGGGAAGAGCUGGUCCAGUUUGGUUUUCACUAGUAGCUUCUGAUGAACAGGAUGGAGAUGCACCUUUGCCACAAAUUCCUACAAAUUACUUGAGAAUAAAGGAUGGAAACCUUCCUGUUUCUUUUAUCCAGAAGUACUUGAUGAAGAAACUUGACCUUGCUAGUGAAGCUGAGGUCGAGAUCAAAUGCAUGGGGCAACCAGUGGUCCCGACAUUAUUGUUGUACAAUUUAGUUGAUCUAUGGAUACAGACAGCAACAACAUCAGAACGAGUAUCAGCAUCCAUCGGUUCCUCAGCGAAGGAGUUCGUGAUGGUGCUGGCCUAUGCUCGAAAGGUCCCAGAGCCUCCUGAGUAACGAUGCUUUUUCCACAUUGCUCUGUGAAGGUAACUGGGAAUGCAUGUUACAAGCAUCUGUGAUGAGCACAUUGCAGACAGUAGCAGUCUGCCACGGGAAUUCAGAUGGAAGGUGUGACAUGCUGUGCUGUGCUUAUUGGCAAUUGCAAUCAGUUUAGAGCUGCAACUGUGCAAGUGCGGAAAUGUAGAGAUUUAUCACAUUAUUACAUAAACGAUCUUAUAAGAGUAACAUUUGAAUUGUGCUAACACAGUUCUCUCGGCCGGAAUGUUAUACACAAGAUGUGUUUUUUGUGCUGGAAAUUCAUUUAUAGCAUAAAUUUGGACAAAAUGAAAUGAUUUAUAAUUGUAGCA